UUGACAAUAUAACCUGAAAAACUGGAUAACAAAACAAAAUUUCUGCAAAAACACCGUAAAUGUGUGAUGCAAGUGAUGUCCACUGAUCCCAAAACGGCCCUAAUGGACUUUGGGCCGGUUAACCCGCGGUGACACAAAAAGUUAGGUUGGGAACGAGUGACCCUUGGACCCAGAUCCCAGUUCAAAAUGAUACUCAGAGUUCCCAACCUCACUUUCCGACAUUACUCGACAAAAUUACGGGGCUUCCGCGAGGUGAGGAUCCCCGUGCCGUGGGGGCACAUUGCCGGGAAGUGGUGGAACCCCACCGACAAGCGACCCAUUUUGGCCGUGCAUGGGUGGCAGGAUAACUGUGGCACCUUCGACAGACUGGCCCCCUUACUCAGACCAGAUGUUGGAAUUCUUGCCAUUGACUUGCCGGGGCAUGGCUACUCGUCUCGCCUGCCUCCUGGAACGUUCUACCACAACAUGAACUACCCCAUUCUCAUUAAGCACAUUUCUGACUACUUCAAGUGGCCUAAAGUGUCGCUCAUGGGGCACUCUCUGGGGGCCAUCAGCUGCUACGUUUACACGAUGCUGUUCCCGGAGACUGUCGAUUUUUUGAUUUGUAUUGACGGCGUGAAACCGCUCUAUAAAAAGAACAACGGGCCUAGGAUGGCCGAGGGGAUACAGGAGUUGUUGAAAUACGACGAGUUGGCAAGAAGUGGUGAGGAGCCUCCGGCGUACCCCCUUGACACAAUGAAGAAGAAGAUCAGUGCACUGAAUAAUAAAUCGAUUGAUAUUGAACACUGCCUCCAUAUUCUCGAACGGAACAUAGCACCGUCUAAAAGCGACCCCAAGAAGUACUACUUCACGCGUGAUCCGCGUCUAAAGUCGCGGUUAAUCCUCAAUUGGUCAAGAAAAGACUUGCUUGAGGGGGCUUACAGGGUCAUUCCCCCGCUACUUCUAAUCAAAUUCACCGGAAGUGGGUAUUUCGAAGACAAGAAAAAUUUCUACGAGCUUUUGGAGGUGCUUAAGAAGACAUCAAAGGAGGUGCAGAUGCAUUACGUGGACGGGACCCAUCACACCCAUUUAAACAACCCAGAAUCUAUCAACACCAUCAUUGACAAGUUUGUUGGUGUUUACAACACCGAGACCAGGGAUGUGGGCGGCAUUAAAAAAGAUAUUGUACAAUAAAUAAUUUAUUAUUAAAUGGUUAAUGGUUUAA